AUGAAACCCAUUCUGUCUGCCCAUGAGAUUGGUGAAGGACUUCCCGUUUUGAUCAUUCAUGGUUGGGAAAUGAAUGGAAGAGUCGAAGAGCUAGACUUUGAGCCAAUUUUCAGUAAAACACUGGGAUUUCGCCGGAUUUACGUUGACCUUCCCGGCAUGGGCGCAACACCUGCGAAUGAUGUCGAAGAUCUAAACGAUAUGUACCUUCGCCUGAUGCAAUUCAUUGAUUAUCGAUUUGGAAAGUCAAGAUUCUUACUUGUCGGCUCGUCAUGUGGCGGCUACCUUGCACGCGCGAUAGCUCAAACAUAUAUAGAGCAAGUCGAUGGUCUGUUGUUGCGCGUGCCGCUUAUCGAGCCAAAGGACAGCAUGCGCGAUCUCGAUGCUCUCAAACCUUUGGUUGCGGACGAAGAACUCAUGUCAACCAUGUCAGCCGAAGACAGGACACUUCUUGGGAACGUCCUUAUUCAAACGCCUGCUUACGUUGCAAAUUUGAAGGCAAAAUACGAGGAGGUUUACGGUCCAGCAAUGAAAGCAGCGGACAAUAAGGUGUUAGAUCCUAUCCGAGCAGAUCCAGGUCGAUACCACUUACCUUUCUCGUUGGACGAUGAAAGUGCUAAAUUCUUUGCACCUACACUUAUUGUAUGUGGUCGGCAAGAUGAGAGCGUGGGCUAUCGAGACAGCCUUCGCUUGUUGGAGCUCUAUCCUCGAUCAACGUAUGUUGUACUAGAUCGUGGUACGCAUGGUCUUCCUAUCGAUGAAACCAGUGUUUUUGCAGCUCUUGUUCGUGAUUGGAUAAGCCGGGUUGAGGAAUGGCGAGGUCGUACAGGAAAAUAA